AUGGCUUGUAAAACUAGCCAAGGUGCUCUGGCAUCAACCACCCAUAGUUUCGUGCCUCAAACUAGGUCUUCCAUUUGGAACUUGGAGAUACAGGUUGGUCAGUUGAGCAAGAGGAUCCCAGAGAUCCCUUCCAAUACUCUUCCAAGCAAUACAGAGGUAAAUCCAAAUGAAGAGUACAGGGCCCUCAGUAUGGAGGUUGUGAUCGAACCCAAGGAGGAACCUGUUGUUGAGGAGCUCAAGGAAUUCAGAAAGCAUGAGGAGACUGAUAAGGUCACUCUGCACGCCCCUUUGCUGAGAGAGGAACUUGAAGAAUACUCUUCUUCAGAAGAUGAUGAAGAGUCUAGGGAAGAGCAAAUUGCUUGGUACCUAGCCAUCUUCAGGAAGCUGAAAGCCAACUCCUCUCAUACAGAGGCAUUGAAGGGGGAAUAUGAGCUGGUAAUACUGGCCAAGGAGUGCAGUGCCUUGGUCCAGAAGAAGCUCCCUCAGAAGCUACUGGAUCUCGGAAGCUCCCUGAUUCCCUGUACUAUAGGGACCAUCACCUUUGAGAAGGCACUAUGUGACCUUGGCUCAAGCAUCAAUCUGAUGCCUCUAUCUGUAAUGAAAAGGCUAGGAAUUCUAGAGGUGCAAUGUAGCACAAUUUCAUUGGAGAAGGUAGACAAGACCCUAAAAAGGGCGUAUGGUAUGGUGGAGGAUGUCCUAGUAAAGGUUGAGGACCAUUACAUCCCUGUGGACUUUGUGAUUCUAGACACUUGGGAGGACAAAAAUGAAUCCAUCAUCCUUGGAAGACCUUUUCCUAGCCACUGCUAA